AGACACAGAGCUGUCAUGUCAUAUGAAGAUCAGCUGCAGUUAGACAGUAUACACGUGCAAACACACACACACACACACACACACACACACACACGAAAAGCCACUGAUUUCCCACUGAUUCUAAACACAUUUUUCAUUUAUUUUAGGAAUGUCCCUGUAGCUGAAGCUGCGCUUUCGUGGAGUGUUCCGAGAAGAAAGUAAGCAGGAAGAUCCUCCACAGUUUCCUGCGGCUUACAAGGAAGAAAAGAUGAGAGUUUCCACCAGUCAGCUGCAGCAGCUCACCAUCUUCACUACAGUGCUGACCGGUGGAGGGAUCGGCACCAUGUACUAUCUGCUGCAGAAGAGAUUUGUCGAGUCAGACUACCACAGACUGGCUCUGCAGAAGUUGGAAGCAUGUCCACUUGCCAUGGAAAGCUUGGGGGCCCCGCCUUUAAAAGUCCACAACAUCCAUCUGACUAACAGAAACAACCGCGUAGAUCAGCACACUGCACAGAUACAGAUCCCUGUGACUGGGUCAAAAAACGGAGGUUAUCUGUACACUUCUUCAGUUAGAGACCCAAAUACCAACAGGUGAGUAGAUUCUG